GGUAGGGUAGCAAAUUAUUAGAAAGUAAAAAUAUUUUAACACUGAAAAAAGAAAGCAUUGUAGUAUACGAGAGUGAAUGUUAUGUAAUUAACGGUUUAUUAAUCGAUUAAUUUACAAUUAUCUACUAUUUUUCGUAUAAAUGAACAUGGAAACUCUGUUAAAAUUACACUGUCUUCAAGAACCUUUAGCGUGCAACAACUCUUCUAGAAAUGAACAAUAUGGCUGCUGAAUGUAUGAGAAAACAACGUUAUGUUUAUGUUGCACCGACACCGCCAGCUGAAAUGAUCGAUUCAAGCAGUUAUACAAUUUCGUUCGGCGAUAGAAAAUUUUUACAACUAGGACUGAAUCCAAUGGAGGACUUCAAUAUUACGGUAUAUAUUAUUACUCCUUCACGAUAUAUUAGCAUGUCAACAGAAUUUUUAAAUACUAUUUACGGCAUGAUGAAUGAAAUAAAUAUAUUUUUACAAUCAUCUCCGGUUAGAAACGAAAACAAUAUUUUAUACCGAAAUGAAUGUUUCAAAUUAUCUAAAACAUUAUAUCGUGAUUCAGUACAUUUAGUAUUAGAAUCCACGACGACCGAAGGAUGCCGUGUUUUAUUAAAUAAAGAAAACAUUCAGAUACUUAAACAAAUGGAGUGUACUAUUAAUAAUGGUAUAACAAGAAAAUUAAAAACACGUUUGCAAGUAAUACAUCAAGUAGAUCGUAUUGUACAAUACGCCGAUGGUAAAUGGCUAGGACUUAGAACUCUACAAUCACCAAAUGAUGGAAUGGUUAAUUUUAUAAGAAGUUUGAACGAUAUAGAAAUAGGUGACAGUAAUUACAUAAGCGAGCUGAAAAAUUUAGCAUACAAUGUAAUAGUUGAUCGAUGGGUCAAGUCAUGGUCCGAGGGCACGCUUCAAAUUAAUGAAAAAGAAGAAAUGUAUGACGAAAAUGACGGUCCGGAAUUUUUCAAUACAACAGUGUUUACCCAAGAAAAUAGUUAUAGUCCAUGGGCUUUACAAUGGCCGAAACCCAAUCACGUUAGAAAAUUAACUUAUAUUAAUAAUUUAUAAACAAUAACUUUAUAUAUUGUA